GUAACACCAGCAACACGCAGCUGGCUUCCGGUUUGUGGAUAUGGUUUUGUUCGGAGCGCUGUGAUUUUCUCGGAGUUUCGCCGGCUGAAAGGAAAACACUCGAGUGGAAACCCAUCCCUCAGUUAGUGGACACAGUAACAUUGCGCUCAUGCUGAAACUGACACGUAAAUAAACUAAAUAGGUCAAAUAUUCAGAGCCGGAAGUCGGUGUUGUUAGCAAACAAACCGCCUGCUAGUGAAACAAAACCCCGCAAAAACUAACCGCCAUUUCCUUUCUAUGAAAUAAUACGCAAUAAUUAAUCGCGUCAAUUAACUACUGCAACGCGUUCUUAUUUCUUAUUCAGCUGUUUGAAAUAUUUUAAAUGAAUUAAGUUAGCUAGCUGUAUAGCUAAGCAGUCUGAGAUGAACCAAUAUGCGCAUGCGCGCUACUCUCUGACUCCAUCAAUAAUCUUGGCCUAGCUGUUAGGACUACUUACAUUUGAACAAAGAAAGUCGAACAAAGUGAAAGCAUCUCAUAAUUACUCCUAAAAUACUAAUUAAAUUAUUCAAUUAAUUUCUACAAUAUAUGUGUGUGUAUAUAUAUAUAAAUAAAACCAUUGAUCAUUUCAUGUCUUUGUAUUCACAACACUUCUACAGACAUCAUAAUGUUUAACACAAACAAAGGUUUGAUCUUAACAAAUGUGCAUCUUUUUAUUGUGUCUGUGCAGAUUAAAAUCAUCUUUCUGGCUUUUUUGUCAUAAGUUUGAAGGUGUAGUGGUUUUCAGUCCAGAUGGAAAAACUCCUCUAUUGUUGGUUCAUAUUGAUUCUUCUACAGUAACUGCUUUGUGCUGGUCAGGACCACAAAGAUCUGUUGACUCUCAGAAGACAUGAAUAAAAAGGAAAACACAAUGGCUACAUCUACUCCACGUGAAGGUCUGCUGGAGUGUGUGAACGAAUGCGUUCUUAGCGUGCUGGGGUUAAUACCCCGUGGACUGACUUUAGGACCCUCUCUAGCUGAAGAUGGGCAAAUGGGGUUGUGGUGUGUUGGAUGGACUUUACAGAGUGGAACACUUCUGGGGCUGGAAGAUUUAGACAAAGUGGCAGGAAAAGAAGAGACAGCUGAAGUGAGUAGAUGCCUAGAAAGAGCUAAAGGACAAAUUUCAGACAGAACCUACUGGAUGAGGUUUGCUUGUAGUGCUCCGAAUGAAGAUCAGAGGAAUGUCAUUGUACAUGAGGUGGAUGGAAGAUUGUGUUUCAAGACCUGUAAGGACAUCAGUCAGGGAACCGAGCUCCUGGUCUGGCCAGAAGUUCCAAAAAUUCUGAAUGAACCUGUGAAGAAUUAUGUAGUAAACACAACUGGGGAACUCUGCAAUCAGGAAGCACCACAAAGGGCAAGAGAGGAUGAGUCGCUAAAGCCUGCUCAUAUUACACAGGACUCUGAGGGGGAAGCGAAACUGAAGAGAUGCAGUGCAGAUUGGAAUGUACAUGAGAAAGAAGUGAUGGAUACAUGUGGUACUGAGAAGAAUGUUGCUGCAGCCCCAGCACUGGAGCUAGCAGAGCCACCUGAGCAGCUUCAAGUGGCCGUGAGGGCCAGCUGUCGACUGGCAAAGAAACCCCGCAUAGUUCACUCAUUAAGCAGGCGUUUAACCAAGCAGUCACAAAGGCAAAAAAGUAAGAUUGCUGCACUUGUUACUGAAAACUCUCAGCUCAAACAGACUACAACUGAAAAUGUACAAGAAAGCCAAGAGAUGUCUGUUUAUAAAGAGAAUGCUAACUCAGAAGAUAUGCCCAAGGAAGGGUCUGUGCAAAGAGGAAAGGAGGGUUCUGAAGACAUCGAGAAUCCACGUGAACGCAAAUACAAGUGUGAUGAGUGUGGAAAAAGUUUUUUCCAGCUUUGCCAUUUAAAGAAGCACAAGAUCACACACACUGAGUUGAAGCCAUAUGCUUGUACAGAGUGUGGGAAACACUACAGAUCCAAGGAGAGUUAUCUUGCCCAUGUACUUUUGCACAGAGGGCAGCGACCUUACAAGUGUGAGCAUUGUGACAAGAGCUAUGGUCUGAAACGUGACCUCAAGGAGCACCAAGUGCUACACACAGGUGAGAAGCCAUUUGUGUGUGACGUGUGUGGCAAGAGUUUUGCGCGUCGCCCUUCUCUGCAUGCCCACAAGGUAGUCCAUGAGGCCAAAUGGGUCCCCAGGGUCAAAUGCCCAGAGUGCAGCAAAGAACUUGCCAACCGGAACUCUCUCAGGGCCCACAUGCGUUUGCACACAGGUGAGCGACCUUAUGCAUGCCCGCACUGUGCCAAGCGUUUCCGCCAGCGUUACAACCUGCAAGGGCACCUGCGCCUCCACACAGGCGAAAAACCCUAUGGGUGUCCACACUGUGAGCUCCAUUUCUCACAGGUACCCGAGCUAAAGCGGCACCUGAUUUGCCACACAGGUGAGGCAUAUCUCUGCCCUGUAUGUGGCAAGGCACUGCGGGACCCACAAACACUGCGGGCCCAUGAGCGCUUGCAUGCAGAUGACAGACCCUUCAAGUGCCAGGAUUGUGGGAAAGGGUACACAAUGGCAACCAAGCUUCGUAGGCACAUGAAGUCACACCUAGAAGAAAAGCCAUACAAGUGUGAGGUAUGUGGAAGCAGAUACACGUUGAUGCAAAGUCUACAGCGCCACCUGAGCGUACACGCAGGUUGUUCAGAGACCAGACACGCAGCACCAACUAGGGGGCGACCUAGAAGAUUACACCAUAAAGAGAGCGACCAAUGGGAGGGUGAUGGAGGAAAUCAGAAAAAGGAGCAAACUUUGUUUUUUGUUCACAAUCUACAGGAUAACAGGAUGACUCCUCACUCUGUUACAGAAAACGAAGCAGGUUUGGAACAGAUGGAGCUUAGUCAGGACAUUAUAGAAAUUGUUGUGUCCACUGACAGUACAAAGUGCAUUCUGGUUCAAACACAGGAAACAACUGCCGAGUGUAUAGUUUUACAGCAGCCGGAUGCUAAUGCUAAGUGUAUACCAGCAGAAAACCUGGAGGAGAACACUAAAUAUACAGUGGAAGAGCAGGUCGAGAACAGUAACGUGGUUGUAAUACAAGGUCACGAUGAACUAAACUCAGUGGCAGAGACCAUUGAAAUAGAGAUGGGUAUUGAUGACUGAAUAUAUUGCAUCUGUCAUGUUUUCUCAUGCUCAGUGACUUGUUACGACAUUUCAUUAGAAGGUUAUUCUAAAAGCAGUUGACUUAAAGACAUUAGUAAAUAUUGACUCAUGUGUACACUGAACCUUGUGUCAUCACUGUUUGUGCCAGAUCCGAGCACUGCGAACCAAACAAAUCUCAUCUGAAAAAUGACUCUGUGGUUACUUUUAUUAGUGUUCCAACUAUGCAGUUAUUUCCGAAUUAGUCGAAUUAAUUGCAAAUUGUGUAUUUAAAGGUUCCACCCAUCACGUAGAGCAGAGAUUCUCAAACUCAAGGAGGUGUCAGUGAGACGGCAUGAAAAUCUUGAAAGAGUUUUCAUCUUAACUCACUUGAGACUGCAUGAAGAUCUUGAGUAUCUUUAUCUACAAAUGUUUGAAUGUAUUAAAUAUUCUCUAAAUAAAAAAAGCAACAGAUUUAGACCCUUCA